CCCUUUCCCGCUUGCCCCCAUUUCAAAACCAACAAAUAAAUCCUCAUUUCCGCUUAACCAAACAAACUACUCCUACUUCUUUGAUGAUUUCUUCAACAAUUUCAAGUAUCAGAGAAAAAUGGAAUCAGAUCUACGCCUCCUUGAAAUCUCCGGCGAAGAAGAUUCUCUACUCACGCCACUCCCUGAUAUGGACACCAAUCCCAACGAUUUCGCUUCAAUUUCAAAUUUCAUUUCCCCAAUGAGAGGGCUGGAGGUUCGGGUAGAUCAUGUAAAAUCCGGAUGUUCAUCUCGUAGAGUUUCCAGCAAUAAAGAAAAUAUCAAUUCAGACAAAGCAGAAAUGCCUAAACUGAGUGUGGAGCCACUGCACAUGAAGAGGAAGAAGAGGAGCGGUGGUUGCAAUUUGCGGAAAAGUUUAGCAUGGGAUAGAGCCUUUUCAACUGAAGAAGGUGUUUUGGAUCCAUUAGAACUUUCUCUGCUUAGUGGUUCAUUGGUUAAAACAUGCGGAGAGGCCUUGUUCACCAUCAAUGAAGAAGAGCGAAAUCCAACUUCAAAUGACUCUCUACAUGAUGCUAGUUCAGUUUAUUUGAGCUCGAACAAAAAAAGUACGUUCAAAGGAAUUCGAGCUGUAGCUUUAAAAGAAGAAAAUCGGAAGGCCUCAACUAAAAUACCAGUGUCUCACAAUGGUAGAACUAUCUCCAAAUCUAGUAGCUGUUCACAACCUUUGUCUUCAGCUUCAUAUCCUUGCACAUGUUAG